AUGGCUGGUUCCAAGGCGUGGCUCCACAUUGGGCUUGCAAUUCGCUUCGCCCAAACUCUGCGUAUGCGUUCGGAGCAUAACCGACGUUUGAGCCCGUAUCAGCGAGAGAUUCGUAGGCGCACAUUCCGGGCAUGUAUAACGCUUGACCGCAUUGUUGCCUACUCUACGUUCCGAACACAAACGAUAGCCCUGGAUUUGGUUGAGCUGCAUCUCCCCUGCAGCGAAGCGGCUUUUGUAUUCGGACGUGAGACCCCAGGGCGGCGGAUUGAGGAGCUUGGACGCGAGCUUCAAGAUAAUUCUGGCUCGUUAGCCUUGGCCUAUCUUGUCAAAACUGUUCUCCUUUGGUCACCCAUAGCUCAAAGUUUUGUUGAGCAUGGCCGAAGGCUCCUAUCGGGGAAACACAGCGCAGAGGCUUGGGAGAGGUAUUGGCAAUCUGAUGCAGCCAUUACCAGUUGGCUUAAUAGUCUCCCGAGCGUUCACAUUACGACCGCAAGCGGCUCGACAGUCAAUGAGCAAAGUCUUACCAGCACACAGGCUUGCGUUGAUGGGGCAAUGCAAAUUGUGAACAUGCUACGAACCAUUGAGCGAGUUGCAAAGGAGAUACCUCCAAACCUUUUUGCAGGUACAGCCAUAUCAACGUCAGCCAGUCUCUUGCUCUGGGUCUGCUAUUGUAGCCCUGAUGUCGUGUUUCCACCAGGAUCCCGGAUUCAAGAGCCCGAUAUGGCCAGACAGGAUGCCAAUUAUCUGCUACCGGUUUUAGACACUUGGGCCGGCACUUGGCCUCGGGCUCGAGCAUGGGCCAACUCCAUUCGACUGUUGGAUGAGUUCUACCGGUCAAGGCGUGGUGGCCGAGGACUCCCUCGAGCAGCUCCACCCGACGAGACCAUGCUGCAAAAUGAAAAGAGUGAGCCUGACUCUGGCGCUGGCUCAUCAAUACACUUGCGCGAUGGGGAUGGACUUCCUGAUGUCAACACGAUCCCUAGGGAAACAUAUUACAAGGUCAGGAUGAUCACUGGCUUGAUUCUUGAACAGCCUGAAAUAUGCAGAUCUAUCCUGCAAAUGCGGGACGACGAGCCUUCCACAGAACAGUCGGAGCAGGAUCCAGUCUCUUGGCAAGCCGACUUUGACUUUGCAUGGAUGGAAGACACAGAGCUUAUGGCGGAGCAUUCCGUCCUGACAGAUUAUGCUAUGUACCUUGAUAUUUGA